UGUGCGUGUGUACGUUCCGAAAAUUGUUCAAAUCGAAGCACAAGCAACCAAGCAGCCAGAGAGAAGCGCAGACCAAGCGAAAAACGCGAACGCGGAGAUUUCCUUUCGGUCGUUUCGGGCAAAUUUGGACCGCUUUCCGUACGUGGACGGGCCGCAAAAGACGGUCCCGGAUCGGCGUAACCAUCGCGUGCAUCGAUUCGCUGUUAGUUUUAGCAUCCCCGGAGGGUUUUCAAUCUUGUACGGUCGGAAUCGGAAAAAAACAUCCAAGUAUUAUUCCCAACAAAGAGAGAAAGACGCUCGGUUUUCCCUGCACGGUGCAGGAGCACAAGGGCGCAUUGGUAGAGCGUUAGUUUAAACCGCGGUACGGAAGCCAAGACGGACACACCUGCCUGCGGGGGGGGGGAGUGACAGAGACCACGGUGUGGCCACGACACGGUCCACACGGUAAUGGCGUAAACCGGAGAAAAGUGGCCGUUUUUUUGUGAUCGUGUUGUGUACCACGGACAUUAAAUGCUGGCCGCCGCCCCUCGCUCUCCUCUACUCCCCGGUACAUGUGUGUAUGUGUGUGUGUGUGUAAGCGCCUGGUGGUGCUGUGCGGCCUGCUUCGUCUUGGGGCACACGCGCACCGGAGAUAUAUUUCCGUACAGAUCACGGCAGGCUGCGACAUUUUUCCUAGAUUUUGUAGUGUGGUGUACCGUUCGUUCGGUUAGGGGGGGAUUUUUUUUAGGGUUCUCGGGUCAUCUUUGUGCCGUGUGGCCAGUUUUUGUGAGGCCAGUCCCCAUUUCCGGCCCCCAAAAAGUACUGUGAGUGUGUUUGUGUGUGUGUGUGAGAGAGAGAGAGAGAGAGAGAGAGAGAGAGAGAGAGAGAGAGAGAGUAAAACGUGACCAAUGUGUGCCGAGUCGUGUAGAGAAGGUGCGUUUCAGUGCAAAGUGGUGUGUUUCUGCAAACUCAAACAAUUUCCCUUCGAAUGCUAAGUCGGAAAAGCGCAAAGAACGUGGACCCGCAACAGAAAGGUGAACGCAAGCAAGCAAGAAAGCAAUCAAGAAUAAUCAAGCCGGGAAGCUGUUAAUGACGAGGAACGAUUUGGUGCGGGGUAGACAGGGUACGCACACACACAAAAACACACAUGCACACAUACACACACAAAUGCUUGCAUCGAAAGGAAACCGAAACCGGCUUACAGAGCAGAGUGGUGGUGGUGGUGCUGCUGCUGUGGAUGUCGCCCCAUUGACGUCGUGGGAAAUGCUACCCCAUCGUUCCAUUUCACUUCCGUUGGGGUCUUGAGGUGUACUUUCCACACGCACUAGAAUGCCGGAUGUGCCAGCCGCGGACUGCUCGGAUCUUAUCUGCACUGAGCCGGGGGGAAUCGAAAUCGAAGCGAAUUCCGCCAACAGGGUCUCCCAGCAGGUCGGCAGAGGGCCACAACACGUCAAACGGAUCGUGCCUUCUUCCCAGCCUGACGAGCCCGCUGCAAUUCGAACCUUCCGUUGCCAUAUCGACAGCAUCCAUCACCAUAUCCGUGUCCAGCAAAUGGUGCGACUAGAAGAGAGGUUCUCCCCCGUCGCGUCGUGCGCCCUGUGUUUUACUGUGCAGAGAACCUUUUUCGCUGAAACAACCCUCCGCAGACACACCACCACCUGCCGCCUGACUGUCGCAAGGCAAGCAAAAAAAAAUGCAUCCGAGCAAUGGAUGCUCCUCGUAAGCAAAAGUGUGGUCUCUAAUCCGUGUUUGCGCGCGUGCGCGUUUGUGUGUGUGCGUCUAUAAUUCGCGUGCGUGUGUGUGAUAAUGCUCGACGCCGCCGCGUGUGUUUGUACGUCGUGUGUGCUACAGUAGAGGCAGCAUUAGAAGAAAAAGUAGAAGAAGAAGAAGCAGUAAUUGUCGCGUGAAAGUGUAAGUGUAUCGAAAUAUGUGCAAGUGUAGAGAGGAGAAUGUAAGUGAAAAAGUCGCAUAAUCGAUGUAGUAGCGUGUGUGUGUUUGUGUGGGAAAAAGUGAUCAAUUAAAGAAAAAAGAGAAAGAAAAGGUUAAGUAUUACUGGAAAAUUGUUUCUCCCGCCAAGUGUGUGUGUGUGUGCGCGCGCGCACCAAAUCUUCUCUCGUGAGUUGAAUGCGCUUAGUGUAUAUGUGCAUUUAUGCGUCGCUGUGGCGUGUGUGCACGCGUGUUCGCGUGUGUAUGUGUGUCAGAGUUUAGUGUAAUCGUGCGUGAGUGUGUGUAGCAGUAGUAGUACCGGAUCCGUCUCUGUGUGUACGAUUGUCAUGAAUAUUGUGUCGCGCACAGUCGUCGUCACCAUUGUUGUUUGCAAGUGAGAAAAAACGUUCUUGAAGAGCCUAAGGCGGCGGGCAGUGUAGUGUACGCAGGAGGAGGGGAAACAGGCGAAAAGUACGUCUCGCCGCUCCCCUUCCCCGCCCCGAUCGCAAUAUGUUGGAAUCGAACUCGCGCCGUGCGAGCAGAACAGUAGCGGCCGCCGAACAGCAGCAGCAGCAGCACCACCGCUAAGUGGGUGUUGCCGCGUCGUUUCACCGGAAACUCAAAUACAAACUCACCCCGCCCCGAGAACAACAUAACAAAACAAAUACUAAGGAGCCGAGCGCCAGCCGCCGGCUAGAGAAGGGAAUUCCUACGGCCCCGAAGCGCCCACAGAAGGGGAGAGGAGGAUCACAGCCGCCAGCAGAGAUGGGCGAUCCGAAGAACAAAAAUUCAGCGGCAGGUUCGGCCGGCGGAGCGGGAGGCGCAUCGUCGACGGCGGCUGCCUCCGGCACGACCACCACGACCACGUCGUCGGCGGCCGGACCGGUCACAACGCCGCAGCAGCAGCAGCAGCACCAUCAGCCGCCCUCGCAUCAUCCGCACGGGCCGCCGCAUCCACAUCACCACCAGCAGGGGCCGCCGCCGCCGCAUCAUCCGCACGGGCCUCCCCAUCCGCUGCACAUGCCGCCCCAUCCGCACCACCACCCGCACCACCAUCCGGGCGGACCGCCGGGGGCGGCCGGUGGGGAGCAUCAGCAGCCGCCACCACCGCCGGGGCAUGGGCCGCCACCUCCGCCCCACCACCCGUACGACCAUCACCAUCCCGGUGCGGGCGAUGCCCCGAACGGUGGCGGGGGUGCAUCCGGUGGCGGCAAGGAUGACGGACCGCCGCCACCGCCCCACCACGGGCACGGUGGGCCGCCGCCGCCGCCCAUGGGCCACCACCAUCAUCAGAUGCAGCAUCACGGGUACGGGCAGCCGCCGCCGCCGCCCAUGCAGCAUCAGCAGCAGUACGCGCCCCGCUACCACCACCACCAUCCGCACCAUCCGCACGAUCCGAACGUGCAGGGGCCGCCGCCGCCGCCCCCGGGCGCCGGCGCCCCGGACCCGUACGCGCACUAUCACCAUGCGCACCGUAUGAGUGCGGCGGCGGCCGCCGCUGCAGCCGCAGCAGCCGCCGCCGCCUCGUCCGGGGGUGGCGGAGGAGCGCCCGGCAGUGCAGGGCCGGGCGGGUCCGGUACGCCGCCGCCCCCCUCGCCACAGCAGCAUCCGGGCGGGAAGCCGGCGGCCGCGGCGGCCGCCGCAACUGCAGCCGCCGCCGCAGCAGCAGCCGCCACCGGCAGUCCGAUGCAUGGGCGGCACGGUCGCUACAUGUCUCAGCAGCCGACGGCAGCUGGUGCGGGCGGCGGUGCCGGCCAGCCACCGCCAGGCGGUGGAGCGGCAGCCGCCGGCCAGCCGCCCGGUGGACCGGCAGCCGCCGGCGGCCCGACGCCGACGCUCAACUCGCUGCUCCAGUCGCACCCGCCGCCGCCACCGGGCCAUCCGGGGGCGCCGCACCAUCGCUAUCCGCCCGGCGGGUACGAUCCGUCGGCCGGCUCGCCCCAGGGCCAGCAGCCGCCCGGUCCGGGUCAGCCGCCGGGUCCGCCGGGCGGUGGACCGCCGGGCCAGGGCCAGCCCGGUAUGCACCCGUACCACGGGGGACAUCAGCAGCAGGGCUGGGCGCCGCCACCCCGACCCUACAGUCCGCACUCGCAGCCGUAUCGGCCGCCGCCACCGGGUAAUACCGGACGAGGACAGUCACCAUAUCCGCCGGGGCCACCGGGCCAAGCGCCCGGCGGCGGCUACCCACCGCCGCAGCCACCCGCCGCCGGCCAGGGAUCGCAGCAGCCGCCCGGGCCCCCGCAGGCAGCCGGCGCUGGCCAGCCCGGCACCGGGGCCGGCGGCCCGCCCGGCCAGGGACCACCGCCGGCGGGUGGCCCUGGCGGGCCCGCGGGCGGAGCGCCCGGCCAGUCACCACAGCACCAUCCGCCCACCUCCCAGGGACCGCCCGCCAACGCGCAGUACACGCCCUACCAGCCGCAGCGCUACCCGACGCCCGGCGGUCCCAACGCACCGAACCAUCGCACCCCGUACCCUCCGCAUCAGUAUGAACCGGUCAGGUCGUGGCCAUCGCCAGCAGCUAGCCCGGGACCGGGUCCGGGCCACAUGCCUCCCUCACCACACGGACCACCGCAGAGUCCUGGGCAGCAGCAGCAACAGCAGCAGCACGGUGGCGGCCCCAGUCCGUCACCGCAGCCACCGCAGCCGGCUCCCUCACCACAUCAGGAUUCGACGGGUCAAAACAGUAAUGACAGCACGACGGGAGGUAGUGGCGGGCCCGGCAAUUCUGCAGGACCAACGGGCAUCCACGGUGCACCCGGCACACCGAACUCCUCCUCUUCGUCGUCGUCUCAGGGCAUGAGGCCAACGCCGUCGCCAACCGGUUCUGGUAGCGGGUCGCGUUCCAUGUCACCGGCAGUAGGCCAACAAAGUAUUUCGAUGCCUCCUCGUCCAUCCAGCAGUCACUCGCAAGCGCCAAACCAGCAACAGCAAGGACCGAACCAUCAGCACGGCGGCAGCAACAGCAAUCUCGUGCACGGUCAGCAGCAGCAGCAGCAGACGCAAGGACCACCGCCAGGAACACCGGAACACCACGCCCGUGUAGCCUCGCCUAAUCGUCCCCCGUCGGCUUCCGCCCAGCAACAGCAGCAACAACUUCCGCCAGUGUCGUCCGCUCCCGCGGGCGGCCCAGCGUUACCGCCGUCGUCGCAGGCAGGUGCCGCCGGAGGGUCGGCAGCAGCGGCCUCCGCGAUGGCCGCCCAAGGCUACCCGGCGCAACCGCCCCAUCCACCGCACAUGCACGGUGGCCCGUACAAGAUGGGCCCGGGUGGCCCAGGAGGCAUGCCGCCGGGUGGGCCCGGCCAGCAGAUGUCACCUUACCCGCCACCCCCGCACCAGCAGCCACCUCCGCAGUCGCAGCAGUAUUCACCACACUCGCCCGCGAGUUACUCGCCGCGUCCGCAAUACCCGGGAGCGUACGGCCCGUCGCCACCGGUGCCGGGGCCGCCGCCACCGCCCGGCACCCAGUCGGCCCAGGGUCCGCCCGGCAGCGGGGGUCCGCAACCGCCACACCCGCCGCCGCCCGGCGGCUAUCCGGGACAGCACCGGAUGCCGAACCACGUGGGUGCCGGGGGACCACCGCCACCGCCCCACUCGCAGUACCCUCCGCACCAGUAUCCGCACCAGCCGCCAAGCCCCUGGGGACCACCGCACACGCAGCAGGCCGGCGGCCCGGGUGGAGCCGGCGCGGGCCAUGUAAAUAAUCAUGUACAGCAAUCGCAACAGGGCCAGGGCGGGCCACCGACGCCCGGCGGUGCCGGCGGACCGCGGCAAGUCAAGGGAAUGCCGCCCGGUCCGCCGGGAGCUGGCGGCGUACAUCCGCAGUCGCCCCAGCAGCAGCAGCAGCAACACUCCCAACACCAUCAGCCACCGCCACCACAUCAUCAGCCGCACCAUCAGGCGCAUCAUCAGUCCCCGCACCAUCCGGGCGGCCAGUCCCAGCAGCCGCCGCCCCAGAGCGGUUCGCCCCAGCCGCUCAACUACCUGAAGCAGCACCUUCAGCACAAGGGCGCGUACAGUGGAGCGCCCAGCCCGACGCCACCGCCCGGCCAAGGGUACGGCAACGGGCCCGGAAUGCAUCCACCGAUGGGUCCGCCACACCACAUGGGCCCCCCGAUGGGGCUGCCGCCGCCACCGAACGCGAGCAGCAUGGGUCCGCCGCCACCGGCCGGCACACCACCGAACCAGUCACCGUCCGGUGCGGGCGGCAGUGGCGCCCUCGGACAUCCGCAGCACCCGUCGCAGCAGGACGGCGGGCAUCCGCCUUCGCCGCACGGGCAACAGCAGCAGCAGCAGCCUCCGUCGCAGCCCCAGCACCCCGGGCAGCAGCAGCAGUCGCAACAAUCGCAGCAGCAGCCUCCCCACUCACCCCACCAUCAUCCGCAUGGGCCACCGCCGCCGCCCCACCAGCAUCCGGGCCACCAUCCCGGUGCCGAUGUGCCGCCGCAGCCACCACACCACGGGCUGCUGGCGGGAGCGGGCCAGGACAACGGUAUUGGCAAUGCGGCAGGCGGGCCGGGAGCAGGAGGAGGAGCGGGUGGAGGUCCACACCAUCACCAUCAUCCCCAUCAUCAUCAUCCAGUUACCUCACUCGUUACGACGGGACCUGAUGGCGCUCCACUCGACGAAGCCAGUCAGCAGAGCACCUUAUCCAAUACCUCAGUAGCUUCCGGAGAAGAUCCCACGUGCUCGACGCCGAAAUCGCGGAAAAACGACCACUACAACCAAAGCCAUCUGACGAACACCAACACGCCGUCGUCGUCGAAUGCGUCGCCCGGACCGCACAACGCACACGAAGACUUUGAGCUCAACUCGUCCCCCACGUCCUGGCCGCGGACGCCAGCUAGUCCAGUAUUUAACAGUCACGUUCCUCCGACGCCGGAGACACCUUUUAGAUCCACUAAGCAGAAAUCGGACAGCUUGAACAAGCUGUACGAGAUGGACGACAAGCCGGACCGGCGCGUGUUUCUGGACAAGCUGCUGGCGUACAUGGACGAGCGAAGGACCCCGAUCACGGCCUGCCCGACGAUCUCGAAGACACCGUUGGAUCUGUACAAGCUGUACGUGUACGUGCAGGAGCGCGGCGGGUUUGUUGAGGUGUGUAAGGUUACCAAGAGCAAAACGUGGAAGGACAUCGCCGGCAUGCUCGGGAUUGGGGCGAGCAGCAGUGCCGCCUACACGCUGCGCAAGCACUACACCAAGAAUCUGCUGCCGUUUGAGUGCAAGUUCGACCGUGGCGGUAUCGAUCCGGGCCCGAUCAUUGCGCAGGUCGAAGCCGGUUCGAAGAAAAAGUCUGCCAAAACGACCUCCGUUCCAUCGCCGGGAUCAUCGAAUUCGCAAGAUUCGUUCCCAGCGCCCGGCAGCAGUAGUGCCUCGAUGGAUGGCUACGGACCGUACCCGGGCAGUGGCUAUCCGCCCGGCUCCACGCCGGACUAUGUGCAGCAGCAGCAGCAGCAGGGUGCUGCCGGUGGCCCACCGGGUGGUCCACCGACGCCCGGUGCCCCAGCGGGCCCGGGACAGCAACAGCCGCCACAGCCGCAGCAGAGGCCACCCUCGCAGCAAAGUGGCACCCAGUCUCCUCAUCUAGGUUCAGCACCGCCUGCCUCUGGCGAUAACAUUAGCGUGAGCAAUCCCUUUGAUGAUCCCGUGGGUCCACAGCGUCCCCCGUAUCAGCAGGGCGCUCCCUAUCCACCGGUUUCACGUCCCCAAGGUGCUCCUUACCAGGGACAGCCGGGUGGUUACGGGCAGUACGGUGCCCCAGAUCAGUACGGACCGGGGGCGGGCACACCGCCCGGCCAGUAUCCACCGCCGCCCGGCCAGCAGGGACAGUAUCCUCCAACGAAUCGGCCGCUGUACCCACCGUACGCACCACCGGAAGCCGGAGAAGGAUCUCUCUACAGAGGCACACCACCAUCGUCGGCGGCCCCCGGACCGCCAUCGGCAGCCGAUCCGUACCGGGGCUACGGCAGCUCACCCUACCCGCCGCCACCGCAGCAACGAGCGUACCCGCCGCAGCAGCAGCCAGUGGUCAGUGCGGCCCCCGGCGUUCCGCCCGCUGGUACGCCUCCGAUUCCGGGCCAAACGGGUGGUGCCGCCCAAGGGCAGGUGCCGCCGGGAGGAGGACCACCAUCUCAACAGCAGCAGCAACAGCAGCAGCAGCAGCAACCGCAGCAAGCGCCGCCUCCGCAGCAGCAACCGGGCGCCCAGGGCCAGCCGGGUGCACCGGGCGGAGGCUAUCCGGCACCGGUCGGUCAGCCAGGCGUGCCACAGUCGGCCGCCGACUACUACCGACAGCAGCAGGAACAGGCUCUUCCCUACCCACAGCCCAACCAGCCCCGGCGCCAUCCGGAUUUCGAAAAGAGCCAACAGCCCUAUCCUCCCUACCAGCAGCGGCCUCAGAUGUAUCCAGGUGGAUGGCAGGCAGGUCCUGGUGGACAAUACCGUGGUCAGUAUCCUCCGCAGAGCCCCCAGCAGCAGUGGGCGCACAAUGGUCCCCGGCCGAGCGGUCCGCCCGGUCCGCCCGGUGCUGGUGUCCCGCCCGGUGGUCCGCCCGGUGCUCCCGGUCAGUGGGGAGCGACCGCGGAUGUGAAUCGUUACCCUCCCAGCCAGCAACAGCCACCAUAUCCGACGCAUCAGCAGGGACAGCAGCAGCCCUGGAACCAGAUGCCACCGACGUCACAGAACUCACCGAUCCGGCCACCAAUGCGCGGUGGCAAACCGUACCCUCCGAUGGCAGGGGCCGGUGGUCCGGGUGUUCCGGCGCCGCCCGGCACGAUGCCGGGAAUGCCACCGGCUAGCAUCAACACACCUCCGCAACCGCCGGGCGUUGUCGGUGGUCCGCCAGGAGCGGCGCCAGGAGCCGCCGGUGGACCGGUCGUGCCCGUCAGUGGCGGUCCGCCCGUCGUUCCCUCCCCCGGCGGCGGCGUAGUAGUGCCCGGUAGCGGUGUUCCUUCCGUGGCUGGCAGUGUUGGCAGUGCCGCCGGCACGCCAGGAGCAACGCCAGUCCCGAACGCUUCGCCCGCGGUUGCCGUCAAAACGCAGCCAACGGUGCAGGGCGGCGGUGGCCAGGUGCAACAGGCCGGUCCGAACUUCCCGCCCGCCGGCAGCGGCGGUGUCCAGCAGAAGCGGGACAUCGUGUUCCCGUCGGACAGUGUGGAGGCGACCACGCCCGUACUGUACCGGAGAAAGCGCAUCACGAAGCUGGACAUCGGGCAGACCGAUGCGUGGCGGAUAUUCAUGGCCCUUCGGUCGGGGCUGCUGGUGGAGAGUACCUGGGCACUGGACGUGCUGAACAUCCUGCUGUUCGAUGACUCCUCCGUGGCUUACUUUGGCCUAGCGCAUCUGCCGGGGCUGCUGAAUCUGCUGCUCGAUCACUUCCAGAAGAGCUUGUGCGACAUGUUCGAGAGUGGCAAGCGGGAGGGCACAACCAAUCGGUUCAGCGUGGAGGGCUCCGAUCGGGCCGCUCUGCUCGACCAGAUGCGAGAUAUCGAUGAGGAAGGCGAGGAGGCGCAAAGGGAGGAAGAGGCGACGGGUAGGAAUAGAUCGUCGUCGAUCGCCGUAACCACUACCACUACCGAAACGACCAUCAAGCUAGAGCCAGCGUCACCGAUGAUGACAACGACGAUGACGACGACCACCACCACCACCAUGAUUAAGAAGGAGAAGCUCGAGAAUGGUUUACCAGAGGGGGGUGAUGCGUCGUUGCACCAUAACGGAACGCGCGAUGGUGGUGAUAGUAAAGCGGCCAGCAACGGCACCGGCGCGACGAUAGACAGGCGAAGAAGCGCCCAGUGCUAUGCGCGACGCAACAUCAAACGGUGCGACUCGAGCGUGGAGCUCGACCUGGGCGCGGUCAAGAACCCACCGAACCCGGAGGAGCGCACCCUGAUACUGACGUCGACCACGAACUACACGAUGACGUCGCGCAAGGGCCGCCCGGUGAAGAUCCAUCCGGCGGAGGACGACGUGUUUGUGCUCGACCACCGGCGCGACUGGGACCGGGCGUCCGACUACCAGUACCAGCGCGACACCGAGGUCGGGGGCGACCCGUGGACGGCCGGCCACACCGAUCCGGACCCGCACGACUACAUCAUGGAUACGUUCCGGGCCGAGUUUGUGAACAUUCCAUUUGCGAAGUACAUCAAAACCAGCGCCAAGUACGCCGAGGCCGCCAAGGCGAACGGUGGUCGGAACGGCAAGCGGAUAGCGGCGGCCAACAAUAAUAACAAUUGCAGCAGCAAUAACAACAACAACAACAACAGUGUAAAGUGUACAAGUAAAAACGAGCGCGAAGAGCCGCAGCAGGAGAACGCCGCGGUCGAGAAUAGUGCCGCCGCUGCGGCUACGACAGCGACGGUGAAAAACACGUCCGACGAAGCGCCGCCCACGUCGAUGGAGGUGGAGGAAGAGGAGGAGCUGCUCUCGCCGCCGAAGCGAAGGAAAGAGGACCCGCAUCUGUCGCCGGCCGCUACGCCGACGUUACGCACGCGCAAAGAUCACCACAUCGCCCGGCUGAUGAAUGGCGAGAGUGGCGAGGAGGAGGAGGGGCAAGCGAAGGAGAAGAGUGAUAGCGGCCUGGUGGACAAAGUAGUUAAGAACUGUAUAGUGAAGAAAGAGAAGGCAGCAGAGGAGAAGGAAGCGAGCGAGACGGGCGACAAAACGACUGCCGCCGGCACAAAGGGCGGCACCGCACCGGCCCCGUCGCCGAUGGAUGCGGACUGUCGGGAGAUCGACAUGGAGCUGGAAAAGUCCUCGACGCUGUCGAACGGGCCGCAGGAAGCGGGAGCGAAGGAUCACCGGGACGGCAGCGAGUCUCGAACGUCGACCACGCCCGACCCCGAACAGAAGAAGCUGCCGAAGGUGGAAGCAAAUCAGCCGCCACCGUCCCCGUCAGCUGCUUUAAAAUCCUCCGAAGAAAAGAUGGAUGUCGAUGAAGAGGCAGCAGCAGCAGGGGAGCAGCAGAAGGAGGAGGACAGUGCGACCACGACGUCGGCGGAGGUAGCGACGAAAGCGUUCGACAUUGCGGAAACGGUACGUGAUCCGGCGCGUGUGCUGAAGCGGCGCCGGAUGAGCGAUUACGAGGACGAGUGCUACACGCGGGACGAGGCGAGCCUGUACCUGGUGACCGAGGGUCAGGAUGCGCUUGCGCGGCGCUGCGUCGCCAUAUCGAACAUCCUGCGCAAUCUCACCUUCCUGCCGAACAACGAGACGGAGUUCUCGAAAUCGUCCCGCUUUCUGGCGAUACUGGGCAAGCUGCUGCUGCUCAACCACGAGCACCCGCUGCGCACGAAGAAGACGCGCAACUACGACCGCGAGGAGGAUGCCGACUUCUCCGACUCGUGCAGCAGCCUGCAGGGCGAGCACGAAUGGUGGUGGGACUUUUUGGUGCAGAUCCGGGAGAACAUGCUGGUGGCGACGGCCAACAUCUCCGGCCAGCUCGACCUGUCGCGCUUCGACGAACCGAUCUCGCGCCCGAUUCUGGACGGGCUGCUGCACUGGGCGGUGUGCCCAUCGGCCCACGGGCAGGAUCCGUUCCCGACGCUCGGUCCGAAUGCGGCCCUGUCGCCCCAGCGGCUCGCCCUCGAAGCCCUCUGCAAGCUGUGCGUGACGGAUGCGAACGUGGAUCUGGUCAUCGCGACGCCGCCCUUCUCGCGGCUGGAAAAGCUGUGCUCGGUGCUGACGCGCCACCUGUGCAAGAACGAGGACCAGGUGCUGCGCGAGUUUUCGGUGAACCUGCUGCACUAUCUGGCGGCGGCGGACAGCUCGAUGGCACGAACGGUGGCGCUACAGUCACCGUGCGUGUCCUAUCUCGUGGCGUUCAUCGAGCAGGCGGAACAGUCGGCGCUGGGCGUUGCCAACCAGCACGGCAUCAACUUCCUGCGCGACAACCCGGACUCGAUGGGCACCAGCCUGGACAUGCUGCGGAGGGCUGCCGGUACGCUGCUCCACCUAGCGAAGCAUCCGGACAACCGGCCGCUGUUCAUGCAGCAGGAGCAACGGCUGCUGGGGCUGGUGAUGAGCCACAUACUGGACCAGCAGGUGGCACUCAUCAUUUCCCGCGUGCUGUACCAGUGCUCCCGGGGGACGGGUCCGCUCACGACGAUGGAGAUCGAAUCGGGCGGCAAAGCAUUCACCGCCAGCAACUCGUCUUCUACUGGAGCAGCAGCAGCAGCAUCGGCUGCAAACUCCACCGCUUCGUCCGUGAUGGAAGCGAAAGGUGGAGCGACGGAUGCAAAGGCUCUGCUAUCUGCCUCCAGCAUGUCCACGAACGGUGGCAGCAUUGCCGGCGGUCCUUCCUCUCCGAGUGCGACGCAUGCAAGCAACAGCAGCGCGUCCACGCCGAACGGCGCCGCCAGUAAUGCGGUGACAGCUGCAACGAAUGGUCAGGCGGCAUCGGACGAGUUUGCUACGCCGUCGACGCCUUCGGCCACCAUUGCCGCUAACGAAAGCGCUGACAGUAAAGCUGCCUCCGCCAAUGCCUCCUCCCCAGCCGGACCGAGCUACGAGGAAUCCGGUGCAUCGUCGCCGACCACGCCUGCCGAACAUGGUGCAUCAUCGAUGGCAAACAUGGGCACUUCGUCGCCCGCAGGCAUCGGUACGGAGGUGGUAAACCCUAGCACGGGUUCAGCAGCCACAAACAACACCUCCAACAGUAACUGCAGUAACAGUAGCAGUAGUAACAGCAGCAGCAGCAGCAGCAGUAGUAGUAGUAGUGGUAAUACCGUUCCCACGAGUCCGUCAGCCGUUACAGCAGCAGCAGCAGCAACCUCCCCUGCCGCCAGUGUGGCUCCGUCUUCGCAACAUCCGAUAACCGCCUCGUCGUAGUGGAAGCGGAAUGUAUCUUACUGAAGCUCGAUAGUAGUGCUACACCAGCAGAAGCUGUAAUGCAUGUGGACGGUUAACGGUGGUACACGUACGGCUGUUAUCGUCAUGUAUAUCGAAGUUUAUAUAUAUACACACACACACUGACACAAAAAGUUAUUUAUAGUUACACAAACAAACACACACACAAACACAUAUAUGAAUAUAUAUAUUUAUAGGAAUAUAUAUUUAGCAAAAUGAAAUGGAACACACACACACGCACGCGUGGCGAUGUAUGAAGGGAAGAAUCAUUGGAUAUGAGCAAAACACAAGCAAAACACAUAAAAACUCGUACAGAAAAAGGUUUAAAAUUUGCGGGUAGCAUAAUAGUAGAGGCGGCGGCUGUAUUAGAGAACAUGAAAACAUGAAAACGAAACAAACACAUACAACAACAACAACAAAAGGAAGAAAAACAAACUGAAAUCGCGUGUGUAGAGAGGAAAGUGAAAGAGGAAAAUGGAAGAGCAGAAUUAAUACAAAACACACACACACCUGGGGGCGCAGGUUAAACGGGGUCGGUAGCAGGGGGAUACUUUCAUUGGUAGCUACAGUUGUAAAAUGCAGGUGUAGGGGGGGCGGUGGGCAGGAGGGGAGUUAGAUUUUAAAACAGCCACAACACAACACAGUAUCCAACUAUUAGGCACUGUAACACUCGCCCGGACACACACACACACACACACACACACAAACGCACACACGCACCACAGCUCGAUACACAUUCGAGAACACGCGAGCGAGUGUGUACGAGCAAUGUAAAUUAACAAACAAGUAAUUUGGACUGCAUUUUGUGGUGAAUUUAACGAAACACCCCGCGCGGGGCCUUCUCGCGAAGGACACUGGUGGAACUUGCCUGUGUAUGUAUGCCAACCCCCCCGAGUGCAUUUGUUGGUAUUGGUGUUGGUGUUGUGUUCUGUAUUUGUCCACAAGUGGACAACUAACACGCUUUCGUUGUGUUUCUUUCGUGCAAUGUGCAAAAUCUGUCUUUUAGAUACGAUUAUUGCGUGCGUGUUACAUUGCCUUUAGAUCAAACUGUGUGUGUGUUUUUUCUUAUAUUUCUCUCUCUCUGAAAUACCGGUUUUUUUUAUUAUGCAUUGUACAGUCAAAAUAAACGAAAGGGUCGAAUGGAUUAAUGCAGCAGCAGUGGCAAGAGCAGUGAGGUGUAUAGCAACAACUUUUAAAACACAUGACAAAUACAGCUGCAGCAGCAGCAGCAGCCGUAACAGCGCGUAGCUUGUAUAGGAAGAAAUAACGAUUGUUUCGAAGAUCGUCGACGAUCAGAUCAGAUCAGGACGAAUGUUGCGUUCCCAUUUUAGGUCUUCUUUGGUUUUAAUGCCCAUUUUUACCGCUAGCUGAAAAGUGCGGUACAACAAUAGAACCCCACAAAUGGGAGAAAGAAUAGAACACAAUUACUUUGUGCUUGCUAAGAGAGAGAGGGAGAGAGAGCGGGAGAAAGUAUUACGCUACAACAAUUACACAAACACACGUCGUGCGUAAAGUCUACACCGAAUGCAGGGUUUUUAGUUUGUACAGAAGUCAGCAGUAGCAGCAGUCAGCAGUAUCUUGACUCUUUAACAAUCGAGUUAGAUACCUGUAAAUGUAAAUGGAAAGGACGAGUAGAAGUGGUGUGUGUGUGUGCGUGUAGAGCAUGAUGUGAGCUCUUUCUUUAUUGAAAAAACACUCCCCGCUGCUGCUGAAAUUAUAUAGUGAAAAUAGAAGAAAAUGUAAGCAAAAUAUACUCUCACUUACAAAGCAAAAAAAAACAGACAGUGCGCAUGGUGUGUGUGUGUGUGUGUCUGUGUGCAUCUUGUUGUCUCCCAUGCGCGCCCCAAUUAUACGAGAGAGAGAGAGAGAGUGUGGGAAAGAAGGAACUCUUCCAAAGGCGCUCCUCCCUUUGCUAUGACAAACAAAAGAAGGGAUUUUGUGUAAAUAGUUAAGCUAACAAAUAAGCAGAAGAUAGCGUAAAUGUGACGUGUAUGUGUGUUGGGAUGUGUAGAAGGUCCGAGAACAGGAGCGAAUUGGGGCAGCAUAGAUUAAUCGAAAUGUGUUACAACGCAGCGCAGUGUAGUACUACAUAGUUGAUCCAGUUUUACAACAAAAUGCGGGGAAAGUGUAGGAAAACAACAACACAACAACACGAUUGUGUGUGCGUGCGUGCGUGUGUGUAUGUGUGCGUGUGCUCUGUAUUGCGCCCGAUGAGAUAUUGUAUAGUAAAGUAAUUAGUAAUUGUGUAUAACGCUUAAGAACGGGAUAGGUGCGUGCCGUGUGUAUGAUGUACAUAUAUGGAUAAUAAGCAGUAAAAGCAUUAUUUAGGUAUGAGCGUGUGUGUGCGCGCGUGCAAGAGGGAAAACCAGGAAUAAAAAGCAGGACAGCGCAUCGUUGAGCUUUUGAUGAUUAAAGGCACUGUAGUGCACUAGUAGUAGUAGUAGUAAAGGUAGGGUAGUGUACUCUAGCAAAGUAAUAGCAGGUAGUAGAGAGUGAGUAUAGAGUAGGCGAAAAGACACGCAACGCAACAUUCCCGUGCUGUGUGUAAGGAGGUGGGGACAGGGAUAACAGGCACACAACACACCCUGGCUCUCUCUUUCUCUCUCGCUCUCUGUUUCCGAUCGCUUGUGGUGGGCUUUCGGCGAUGAGAGGAGCGUUGGUGUGAGCAAAUCCUCCCUCCAAAACAGUGCGUUCUUGCGCGUUCGGCUGUCGUCUUGGAGCAGGAUGUGAUACUCCAAUAGAGAUCGUGUCUCGUGGGUGGUGGUGCUUAUGAUGAUCAGCCCCGGCUCCACUCCUGUUUAAGCCCGUUUGUAUGGAAAAGAAUCUCUGCAAUGUUUAACAUUAUUCGUUGGUCAUUCUGUGGCGUGCGGUUUGUGCUCUGUACAGAAGGCUGAGUAGCAACGAUCAUGCUUUUUUUUACCACACACACACACUCACUGUGAUUUUGUUAGAACCCCCCUUUUUAAAACCGGAAAUGAGGAGGAGAAGUUGUCCCCGUCGCUGUGGUGUGUAUGCACGUGCAUUGUGGUGUAUGUAUGUGUACACACACACACACACACAGACACUAUGGUUUACUUUCCUUUCAUUGCUAUUGUGCUUGGUCGGGGUCGGCGCUGUCUGUCUGUACUGUAAAUGUUCGCUUACGUUGCGUUAAUCACUCGUAAAGCAAAUGUGCUGUUUGUUGUUGUUGUGUGCUAGAUUUGUGAGGAUAAAAACAAUAUUUGCUUCAUAACGAGGAAAACCAAGAAACGCUAAAAGAAGUUGUGUGUUGAAGCAUCGAACUCUAGGGAAGUAACGGGCCGAGAAGCGAGAAGGAUUCAAGAAGCAGGACACACAUUCGAUAAACACACACACGCGCACGCGCACACGCACAGGAAGCUUUAUUAAAACUGCAAAAUGGGUGAUGUAGUAGAAGAAGAACCACGUGGUGGGUGGGGUGGGUUUGUCAUCAACAUGCGCUUGACGGAUAGUAUGGAGUGGUUUUUGCAGAUUUAUUUGGACAAUUCUCCUCCACCCCCUGCCUGCCUGUCUCUGUGCCCGUAUGCUCUAUGUCUUGUGUGUUGAGGGCGCAUGAUCGUAUCGGAUCGUCGUGUUUGUAUAUGUGAAAUAGUAAAGUGAGUGCUUGUGCUAAGAUGAUUAGUUUAAGAACGAUAAUUUAAUUACCCUUGUAGGUUAGUUAUAGCGGGAGGGGGGAAAUAUGAAACGAACGUGCAAGUGUUGUACGUACGAUUGGUAUUGGAGACACAAAAAACAGGAUGCAAAAAAAAACAAAAACAAAAGAAAACAAAGCUGUACACAAAUAAGUUGUAAUGAAAACACACACAAAAAAACCACGCGGAAAGAGUGUGGUGUGCACUAAAUGAAGUUAAAAUCGCUUUGUGUCUUUUAAAAAUGUAAUCCCUUUAGGCGCAUGCAUAGGAGAGCAGCACGCACACACACAGGGCGGAUGUGUGUGUGUGUGUGUGUGUGUGUGUUGGUGUGUUGUGCAUUGGAGUGAAUUUCGGAGCGUAUGUGAAUCUGUGGGCACACGCGGGGGAGCGUUUGAGAGAGAGAGAGAGAGAGACAGCGAGAGAGAAACAUAAGUUGCAAAUAUUUAUUACAAAAAGAAGGAUCAAAGCAGAGAUCCUACAACAACAACAACAAACAAACAAAAGCACAUACAGACAAGCGGUGUAUAACUAUUAUUAUUAUAUAGGUAAAGCAAAGUGUAGUAGAGAUAAAAGUAGGAAAACACAGUACGUGCACACACAACAAACAAACAAACAAACAAACAAAAACACGCGUACUCUUGUGGACUUGGGUGGGUUUAGUAGUAUUCUAGUGAAAAACAGAAGCAAACAAAAGUGGAGAAAAAACAUACAAUCGCACACACACACACACAUAGAGAGAAACACUAAAAAGGAAGAGGAGGGAGAGGGAAGUGGUAGUGUUAGUAGUACUUUCGCUUUGAUUGGUGAUGAUUGUAGAACCGACAACUAGGAAAGAAAGAGCAAACAAAAAAAAACAAUGGAGGAAAAUGUAGAAAAGUUCCCCUUUGCAAAUUGUAGGAACAAUAGAGAAAAUGUGUGACUGCGCGUGUGUGUCCGUGAAGCGCAAAAGAAUAGGGAAACAAAAAUCGAUAACAUAGAGCGUGGGCGACUCCACGUGCAAGAAGAAGGACGAUAAAUAGUAGGAAGGUGAGAUGAGUGAAAACAGACGAAUGAAUGGGACGAAAUGAAUGAACGAAUGCCACCAAAACUGGCAGGCGAGAAUGAAUGGAUGUGUGUGUCAGCAGCAGCAGCAGCAGCAAGCACACCCAGAUAUGGUUAAGGUGGGAAAAGGAGGGAGGGGGAAAAACAGCUGUAAUAAUUUUACGCCUAACAAGUCCUCUAAUAUGUGUAUAAUAGUAUACGCGCGGUGCACUAGAAGAAGAAGUAGCAACAGCAGCAGCAGAAGCAGCAGAAACAAAGCGGGAAAAUUGAUAAAGCGCCCCGGGAAUUGUGGAUGUUUGCCCCUUAUAUGUAUGUAGAAAACAAGCAAAAACACACACACACACACACAAUUGAUAACAACCGAAGAAGGGAAAUGCUUGUAGUAGAAGGGUGGGAGGGUUGGGUGCACUGUCAAGCGUAGUGUGUGGAGAAGAGCAAAGAGGAAAAUCUUUUCUCCAUCCGCAGGACACAAGUAUAUAACUAAUAAAAAAUACAGCAAAAAAAAAACAACAGCAGUAAACUGGCAGAUGCCCACAUACAUACACACACACACACACACACAUACACAGAUAUCCGUGAUUCCCGCGAAGAAGAAGAAGAACUGGCAAAAACAAGCGUGUUGAGUGCGACACUGGAUAAAGAAGGAAUUAUUAAAGAUGCACACACACACACACAUGCAUGCAUAUUAAUACACACACACACUAUACAUGCAGGGCGCAAUGCGUGAAGAAGAGAACUGUUGUGUGUGUGUGUGGGUCAGCGAA